GUACGGGAGUGUUGCACAAACAACAGAGAAGACACCGAUGUUCUCUGAAUGGCUGACAAGCAUACAUCAGGAGACGGUAGGAAUGGCUUCAAUGGUUCUUUAUUGGAGCCUAACGUUUACACUGUCAAUGGCUGUUCCAAAGAGGAAACAGAAGAACAAAACCUGUGGCCCAGACCUCUGGCUGGAAAAUGGAUCUUGACACUGUUUGUGGGCACCUGCCUACUCUACUGUGCCAGGAUGGCCAUGCCAAUCUGCAUAGUGUCUAUGGCAUCAUACUUCCACUGGAGUAAGGUGGAUUCUGCGCUGGUUCUAGGUGGAUUCUUCUGGGGUUACUGUUUCACUCAGAUCCUGGGAGGACAUGCUAGUGACAAAGUGGGGGGAGAACGUGUAUUGUUAAUCUCUGCAGCCUCCUGGUCUCUGAUCACAGCUGGUACUCCUCUCCUGGCCCAUCUGGGCUCUUACACCCUGGCGCUCAUGACUGUGGCCAGGUUCCUCAUGGGACUAAUGCAGGGUGUUUUUUUCCCGUCUUUGGCCAGCCUUUGCUCACAACGUGUACUGGAAGGAGAGAGGAGUUUUUUAAUGAGCACCAUGCAGAGUGGUACCCAUCUUGGAACAUUGUUAGCAGGUGGAAUGGGGUCCCUAAUGCUGGACUGGUAUGGCUGGGAAAGCGUGUUCUAUGCUACUGGUUUCCUGGCUGGACUGUGGGCAUUCUUUGUUUGGCAGUCGUUCUUAAAAGGUGAAGUUGCCCCCAAGCGGGUGGGCUUGAGAAAUGACAGCCAGUGGAGUCUGUCAACAACCCUCUGGCUGAGGCUUUUAAAGAUGCCACCUGUCUGGGCCAUGGUGUUUGCUCACAUGUGCAUGAGCAGCACUUCCUACACUUUAUUGUCAUGGUUGCCAACAUACUUCAAAGAAUCAUUUCCACAUGAAAAGGGAUGGGUGUAUAACGUAAUUCCCUGGCUAGCUGCAAUCCCAUCAGCACUUGGUGGAGGAUAUGUUGCAGAUUUUCUAAUAAACCAAGGAUAUGGCGUAUUACCUGUGAGAAAGAUGAUGCAGUUCUUCGGCAUGGGCGUAUCGAGUGUGUUUAUUAUGCUUCUGUCUGGAGCCACCACAUUUCCCUCCGCUGUGACUCUGGUCUCUGCUGCUAUAGGGCUAUCCACCCUCUCAAGCGGUGGCGUGGCUGUGAAUGUGCAGGACCUCACUCCAUCAUGUGCUGGUGCCCUCUAUGGUUUUAUGAAUAUGUUGGGUGCUUUUAUGGGGCUGGUGUUGGUCUCCCUGUCAGGUUACCUGAUUGAGGUCACGCUAUCGUGGGCUAACGUGUUCUCCCUCAUCACUUUAGUAAAUGCCAUAGGCCUCGGGGUUUUCCUCAUCUUUGGAGAUGCUCAGCGCGUCGACGUGAAAGAUUACAGCCAGAUUACUGUGAUUUGACCAACUUUUCUUUCUCUGUGUCUGAUUUGUGAGAAAUUACAUUUAAAUCUCACAGUAAAUCCCACUUUGUCAAAAUUGGAGUUAAUUUUGACUUUGAGCGAUGCAGAAAGAGUCUGAACAGUGUUAAACAGAAAGAACUGCUGUUCUGGAUGGAUGAAUUCAGGAAUCAUAAAAGCGUAAAUACAGCACACUUCCUGCCUCGAAAAUGAAGGAACUUGAAUAUCUCUCAUGUUUAGCAUGUCUGCUAAAUGUGACCGCAUUGUACAAAUGUUUAUGAGUGUAUCAAUAUUUAAGGUAGAAAGUUCAAUUUCAUCUCAGAAAUGUUUACAUUAAUGGCUACAUAUAAAAUGUAAGCUGCUGGUGACUGUUGCAUCACAAAACAGACGAGAGUUGUUGACAUGAGACUUUACUGACUUGAGACCUGAUUGCCUGAAGGCCUGACUUGAGCCCUGAGUCAGGUUUGACAUGCAAAGGACAAAAGAAGCUGAACACACAGGUAUAUUUUGCUUAAACGUUGUUGGAAACGAGUGCACAAUUCAACAAAAUACACAACAUAGGUCUAGUUGUUUUUAGAGAAUUUAAGGUGGAAAUGUUAUGUAUUUUACCUUUAAAGGAUGAGGCAAGGAAUGAAAAGACUACAACCACCAAUGCAUUAGUGUCUUUCAGUACUUUCCGACUUCCCUAACCUGUGUGUGCUUCUCAGCCCCAAACACAAAUAUUUAUGGGUCACAAUUAUAUACUCUGAUUUUGAAAAAGCCGGGUGCGGGAGAUUUUAGUAAAUAGGAAUAUUGCAACAAUUUGGAGUCCAUGUCUACUCUUACGAUUCUACACUUGUGACAAAAAAAAUCUUAUUUUAUGUAAGUCAAGUUGUUGUUGUUGGUUCGUUAUUAGUUCAGAUCCACUAGAACUAAUGCGCUGCCAAUUAAUGAGCAAGAAAACAAAGACUUGUGUCCGGACGUGCAGUUUGCUUUAAAGAACUUCACACUUCACUUCACCGAAAUUAUUUGAAAACAUUUCUGGUUCAUGUGUUCAUAAUGACAUUAUUAUAAAUAAUUAUUUACUGAACAGCUUUUUUUCUUUUUAAAUAAAGUGUUUAAAUUUUUGUGGAAUUGUA